AUGGAGCCGUUCGAUGACGCCGUGUUCGCCUCCUCGUCUACAUGUGCUUGGCGCCGAUCGCGUCGGGGCGACGCGAUCGUCCGGGACAUCGAGGCCACGCAGCGGGAGCUCCUCGCCAACUUCCUCGGCUUCCGGUCUUCUCCUUCCUGCCGUUCGUCACCAAGGUCGUGUUCGGCGACGCUGGGAGAAGCUUCGUCUCGGCCGAGGCGUCGGCGGAGGAGCUCUUCGUCCCGCCGAUCUGAGCCAGAGGGAGAGGCGGCGCCGCCGGGGCUACUACGUCGACUCCAUGGUGAAGCCGACCAUCCCCGAGGGCGACGGAGGCGGCCGACGGACGGCGAGAUCGUGAGCCUCUGCUCCGAGUUCCUCGGCGCCGCACCGACACCACGGCCACCACCGCUGCGAGGGAUUCUGGCGAACUGGUCAAGAACCCGCGAUGCAGAUAAAGCCGGGGCGAGGUGUCCAGGCGUCGUCGGCGGCGCCCGACUGCGAGUGCGCGAGGAGGACCUGCGAGGAUGCCUUAUCUCAAGGGCGUGGUCUUUGAGGCGCCCGGCGCCACCACCCGCCGGGCCACUCGUGCUCCCGCACGCCGUGCAUGAGACACGACGCUGGGCCGGGUACCGCGUGCCGCCCGGCGCGCGCCCGCCAACUUCAGCGGUGGGGGACAUCGGGAUGGACGAGGAGGGGAGGACGGACCUCACCGGCAGCAAGGAGAUCAAGAUGAUGCCGUUCGGCGCCGGCCGCCGGGUCUGCCCCGGCAUGGCGAUGGCGCUGCUGCACCUCGAGUACUUCGUGGCCAACCUCGUGAGGGAGUUCGAGUGGCGCGGGGCCGACAAUGAGGAGGUGGACCUCACCGAGAAGCUUGAGUUCACCGUCGUCAUGAAGCGGCCGCUCAGGGCUAGGGCCGUGCCGCUGCGGUCACCGCCGCCCGCCGUCGCAGCUGCUUGA